CUCACCGCGGAACUCAAAACACUGCAAGUGCAUACAAACCUGAGCCAGUAGCCCAAAACUUAAAACCUGUGGCUACUUCCACAUUCUCCUUUAUAAUCGGAUUACGGCAGCACGUCACGGAUAUUUUGUACGAGAUAGCGUUCCAAGGGGGAAGUUACCUAAUAUCUGACAUCGGCAGGUAACGUGAAGGGAUGGCGGUUGACAGUCACUAGGUCCGAAGUGUAAACCUGCUGAUAAGUGGACCAUCAGUCACGCGACGACGAUACACCGGGUUCGUCGCGCCACGCUGUCACUCUGAACUUGGCAACGGUGUAAUUGAAUUUCAAGAUGAGUUCAGAAGAGCAAAACGUGGUGCCGUCUUCAAAGAUAACAUCACCCGUGCCCACCUCACCAGCUACACCAGCCACACCAUCAAUUCCUCAAAGGAAAGAGAGUACUUCUUCACCUGAAGACAGACGGGACAGCUGGGAGGUGCUUGAGGACUUAAAGGAAAUGACUGUAAAUGUCCAGAAGCCCAAAAAGCAAGAGGGCAUGCUGCUAAAGAAGAGAAAGUGGCCCAUGAAAGGAUGGCAUAAGAGAUAUUUCCUGCUUGAAAAGGGGAUCUUAACAUAUGCCAAGACAGGCCCUGAUCUGAAGAAGGGGAGAUUACGAGGGCGCAUUGAUGUUGGUCUCUCUGUUAUGGCCAUGAAAAAGAAGUCAAUGUGCAUUGACCUGAAUACAGAGGAUAGUAUCUAUCACCUGAAGGUGAAGUCACAGGAUCUGUUUAACCAGUGGUUGACGCAGCUACGUCAUCAUCGGAUGUACCGUCAGAAUGAGAUCGCGAUGGAACCUCAUGAGCGACAGAUGCAAUCUGACCACACCUUCAGCAGAAGACGUUUUUCGGUUCUUUUAAAGAACAACUGGCGGCAAAACUCACCAGAACUGGAGAAGUGUUGUAAAGAUCUGACAGAGUGUGAGUCCUCUUUACUGGAAUUAAACCUUCUGCUUAAAAAUAUGGAAGUUCUCCAUAGAGCUUUCUCUGCACCUGCCAUCAACACACUGCAGGCUGGAAGCUUCAAAAAAUCAAAACGUAGACGGAGGUGGCGAUCUAAGAAUUACAAGGAUAAUAAAAACACAGCACAGAUUCCUGAUAAUUCAUCUAGACUGCAUGUUUCACAUCCAAACCUGAUGUAUUCAGAGCCGGUUUCUCCAGACCCGUGUCUGGAGAGCCCAGACUCACCCACAGAAGCCUCUCAAAUGCGGGAGGAGUUUUGUCGGCUUGCUGGCACUGUUACUUCCACUCUCCGUUCAGCAUAUGCCUCCCUGUGUUCAGAGAGAGACAGAGUCAAAAACACUUUGGAGACUAUCUGUGAAAAGGUAUUUGUGUUUUUUGUUAUCCAUUUUAGAGAGAGAAACAUCUCUACAUUGGUAUCGGUAAAAAUCAACAAUGCAAUUUGUGACAUUUAUAACUUUUCCUCCAAUCAGGACGUUCAUGAUGGGCCACAUCCUUUGCUGCAGCAAACAUGUAGUGAAAGUCGAGGGUCAAUCCCAGAGUCUCUGUCAGAGUUCUUCGAUGCUAAGGAAUAUCUGCUUUCCGGAAGUUCAUCUGAUAAUGAGGUUUCAGACGAUGACUCGUAUGUCAGUGAUGUCAGUGACAGCACGUCAGUGGAUUAUUCCAGGACUGAGUCUAGCAGCAUGAGUGAGAAUUUAGAAAACGAAAAAAAUGAAAAUACGGUGAGGCGGCGGCAGCGCUUACCGAGCCCACGUAUAAACGAGAGUGUGAAUCUCUGGAGUAUCUUGCGCAGUAACAUCGGUAAGGACCUAUCGAAAGUGGCAAUGCCUGUUCAACUCAAUGAGCCAAUCAACACCCUGCAGAGACUGUGUGAGGAAAUCGAGUACUGCCACCUGCUGGACACUGCUGCAAACACACAUGAUCCACACAUGCGGAUGGUGUACGUAGCAGCUUUUGCUGUGUCUGCAUAUGCAUGUUCGUUCACUAGAGCAGGAGGAAAACCCUUUAAUCCUGUGCUGGGAGAGACUUACGAGUGUUUGCGACCAGAUAAAGGUUUCCGUUUUAUUUCUGAGCAGGUCAGUCACCACCCACCUGUGUCUGCCUGUCAUUGUGAAUCCAAGAACUACACUCUGUGGCAAGAUGUUCGGUGGAAGAAUAAGUUUUGGGGAAAAUCUAUGGAAAUUGUUCCUAUGGGAGUCACGUACUUAGAGUUGCCAGGUUCUGGGGAUCAUUACGAAUGGAGUAAAGUCACAUCUUGCAUUCAUAACAUUCUGAGUGGUCAGCGCUGGAUAGAGCAUUAUGGGGAAAUGUCCAUCAAGCACACUACCACAGAGGGAGAUGUCAGUCAUUGCAAAGUCACUUUUCUAAAGUCGAGGUCUGGAGGUGUGAAUGCUAAUGAGGUAGAGGGCGUGGUCACUGAUUCAGAUGGGCGUGUCAUUCAUUCUCUAUUUGGCAAAUGGAACGAAGCUUUGUACCUUGGGAAACCGACCUCGGCAACCUGCAUAUGGAGAGCAGAUCCCAUCCCUGAGGACAAUGAGCAGUACUAUGGAUUCACACAGUUUGCAAUUGAGUUAAAUGAAUUGGAGGAGAGUAUAAAACCCCUUUUACCCCCAACAGAUACACGUUUUAGACCAGACCAAAGACACCUAGAAGAGGGUGAUAUUACUGGAGCAGAAGAGCAGAAGGAAAGAAUUGAAGUGCUCCAGAGAGAGAGGAGAAGAGUCCUACAAGAAAACAACAUCACGCACUCACCCCGGUUCUUCAAGCGUGCUGAAGACGACUCCUGGGUGAGCAAUUGUACAUACUGGGACCUCAGGAAAGACCCUGGAUUCGCCAAACUAGAAUUUCCUGUGCUUUGGUGACCCCAGUGGAUUUAUUUCAUUGACAAUACAGUUUCUAAUCUGGUUAUAGCUAUAGAUUAACAAAUUCUAGAUUCACACAUCUUUGUUAAUAAGACAAUAUAGAAAGUAUCUAUAGACACGUGUAUGCCUUAUUUGGCACACCUUGGUGCUGUUUACCUGUAAAAGAAUUGACAAAGGACUGUUGUAAGUGCCUGGUUAUAAGUAGUUUAUUUACAUUCAGUAAGCAAAAAAAGAAAAUGCUGGCUUUAAAUGCAGUGGUGUAAACAGAUGAUACAUGAUCAUGAAACAGAAUAGCCCCACAAUUUUAAUGACUGUAAAAAAUAAUAAUAAUAACUGUGUUAUAGUAAUAAUUCAACAGUUAGAUUUUUUUCUCAAUUCAAUCAGAAAUGUUCUCAAUUGUCCGAAAAAUUAUAAUGCUAAAUAUCUUGCAAUUGGCUCAAUUAUCUUUACACAAAAUAUAAUUUCUUAUUUAUUUGUUUUCAUAUUUUUUAUUUAUCCCAGAACAGUUUGGACUAUAUGAAAAAAGGCACACUUGAGUAACUGCCAGCUGUAUGACCUCAAAUAUCUCUGGUAUGUCAGCCAAUAACACUUUCCAAUAAGGUUGUAUGUGUUAACAGUAGGUAAUGCGUUAGCUUAUAUAAACUAAAGUAACGGAAGUUGUAACUGUUAACAUUAGUUAAUUCACUGUGAACUAGCAUGAACUGGUAAAUGCUGAUAAACUAUAUUGCUCACUGUUAUCUCAUGCAUUUACUAAUGUUAACUAAGACAACCUUAUUGUAAAGUAUUACUGGGAAUAAUUAGAAAAUUAAAAAAAAUAUUGAAAAUUGUCUUGGUCAUGCUGCAAUAAUUAAUGUCAUUUUUAUUUGAAUAAAAAAAAUGCAGAAAAAGUGUAACAUUAUAUGAAAUAAGAGUUACUGUUGAAAUGAAUGAUGUAUGCUGGGUAUUAAGUUUGUGUUGUACAUGUGUGGUCUUCUUAUAUAUGUAUUUGAAAGCAAGCGUGUGAUAGUCUAUACGUGGUGUGUCUGUUACACUUGAUAAUGUUCUGUUUUCCGUGAGGUUUGUGGGCGUGGUGUUUUAGAUGUGAUAACUUUUUCUCUCUAUGAGGUCUAAAAUGCUUACAAAAAGGGAAUCGUUUCUUUUAGAGAUUCUAGAACGAAUUGCAUCAGUGUACGAUGACUGACCACAUGUUUGGUUUGCGCAAUAAAUGAUAUACCAUUUACAAAUAUCACAUAUCAAAGAAA